AUGCGUUUUCAGGUAUGCCGUUUCUACCACAAUGAAGCAACAUUCCCCUCCAAAAUUGUGGACAUACCAUCGGAAUCAGACCCUAGCGGUCUAAUGAGUAUAGGUAAUCUCCUGGACGAGCAGCUGUCGGUUGGCCACCUCGCUCGCAAUGAUCUGGUACUUGUUAUCGCGGACGGCCCUCACGGGCGAAAUUUGAUUGAAUAUCUCUACCGGGAGCGCGUGUUUUCGGCUGAGAGGACUAUGGAGGGGAAAGCAACAGGGGUUUUCUACGUCUAUCCGCAUCGGGAGGGAUCGGUUGAGCAACAUUAUAUCGCACAUUCCAGAUCAUGGCUGCCGUCCGGGCUCCAUCCAAGUGUUCGUAACAAGCUUUUGGAGUCGGUGAAGACGCUGGAUGUGGUGACGAUGGAAGAUUUCAUGAAAAACACAUCGAUGCUACUUAUGGAGCUCACAAGUCAACCAUUCAGCAGCACAGAGUUGUACAGCACGCUCAUUGAAUCAGUGGUUCAGGAUCGUGCGGCGCGUGUCCUGCUAAUUCUCGAUUAUCGCUCUGCUAGAUCGGAUAAUCUCAUGGACCUCAUGAAUAGCGUAAUAGCUGUGAUUGAAAGCGGUCAGAUGAACAAACUGCACUUGUUUGUGCACUUCUGCGAGGACAUGCUCGGGGAUGACAAGGUGCGGGACAUCCUCAGGCAAUUCGACGAUGCGCUGCGUGCCGCAUUCAAAGGAAGACCAUAUGAACACGAACUGCACCAACUUUCGUUCAACCCUGUUUCGGUUCCGACUGAAGUGCGGCUCACGGCACAUCUCCUCGGAGCAAGCAGGAGGAAGCUCGCCAGCUUCCUUACCCGCAUUCGCAGUCCAAAUUUCACGUUCGACUCCCCACGCGGAGAUGCAGAUAGUUCGUGCGAUACCGGAUUGGGAUCAAGCGCGCAAACUGCUGUGGCCCCGAUGAGCGACAGUUUUGAAGCCCAUACGCAGAGCGACCAUGAGGUAGACGAAGCCGAUAACAGCAUGAACAAUCUUCGCGAAAUAAUGCACAAGGUUGCUGUGGAUAAGGUCAACAUAUCGCUUGAUAAACUGGAACGCGAUGUUUGUGCCUUCUGUCUAGCGACGAUAAUCUUUGAAAGGCAUGUCCGAGAGGACCGGUCCAAGGAGCUGACCAACAUUAUCGCCUCUUUUCAAGGGAGGUUCCAGCACGUCCAAAACUGCAUCGCACUGGUGGUACUAACAGCGAGCUUUUUCAUCCACCUACUGUCUUUCAUGCAGCUGGAUAAACCAGCAGUCAACGAAGACGGAGAGCCGCGUGCGGCGACCUCAUGGUGGAUCAAUGCGUUGGCACAGCGGUAUACUCUCAAGCAAUGGUUCGCCUUCUAUGUUUGCUUCAUAGUUUACUAUGCGGUGAUGUGGUUUGUCGGCACCAAGUUUUGCUACACCGAGGAACUUGACCGGGAGAAGUACUCCAACCACAAGACUGCGUUACACCGUCUGGAAGCUGUUCAAUCACGUCUUAAGCAGCUAAAAAGUACCCGGCGGCACUCCGAUGGGUCGGACGACGCCUUGCCUCGUCGCCGCGUCCAGGUUCCAUCCGGCAGGUCGGAGUGA